CCCCUCCGUUAUCUUGCCUGGAGACGCGGCCUCAUCUUUGUUUAGUUCUUACUUUCUCUCACUGAGCAUUGCCAACAAAGCUGAAAUCGUCCUCAUCAGAAAAGAAUGAAAAAAAUCCUCAUUAGUUCCUUGACUAUCUUAUCAUUCUGGCAGAGUGUAUAAACUAUUUGGAGUUUUAAUUAAUUCUUGAGCUCUUGAUUUCCUUUGUCAUUAAUCCUCUGGUUUUCCCUCACACAUGCCUCAACUUGGGAAGCACCCUGUACCUCCUUCUUACACCCACUUUGGCAAAAUCUCCGGCAUCUGCCACUUAUGCAUCCACAUGAUUGGCAGCUUCGUUGGGCUAUCAUUUGUGGUCGGGUCGCUUCUAAUAAAAGAAGCGAAUAUAGCUCAGUGGGCUUUAUCUGAUGAAAACAAAUUGUUUAGUUUAUUUGUAUUUUUGUGCUAUUUGCUUACCUUUCCUAUACUUUGCACUCCUAUCGUGUUUUUGUAUUGUUGUAGCGUUCUGAGCCACCCCCACUGGACAUCUGUGGAAAGAGCUUCAUAGCUCAUCGGAUAAAAAUUCUGAAUAUGGUCAGGAGCUAAAUACCAAUGUUGAGGUCUGCUCGCCACCAGAGGGCUUCGGGAGAGACUUUGCGUAGUUUUACCACUUCCCCUUUGAAGGAGCACAGAUUCUAGCGGUUUACUAUCCGGUCCGUAGUUUGGUUUACAUGGUCACAGUCGCACUACUGUGGCUCGUCUUUAAUUUUCCAUUCAUGAAGGAAAUGUGCGCACCGGCCUGUUGAUGGUCCCUUGCGGUUGAUGGUUACAGCAGUGCCUUCAAGGAGGAGGAAUGUCAAAGCCAGGAGGCGCGAUGUUUCGGUCUCGAGUGACGCGUUUAUUCUGGACGUCUGCGUUGUUCCACUCUGAUCGCCAGCGUUCUUCCAGAUCUGGAUGAGACUUCUAGGAUCUUUACCGAGACUCUUGCUCGUGCCCCCGUCCAACCUCGCCCCGACUACGGCCGCCACCCUCUCCUCGCUAUGGCCUCUGAACGUCUUCCAUUUACAAACUCUGGAAGCGUGCUCGAUCCUGAGCCAAUUAGAAGAUCACCCUCAUCUCACCAGGUUAAAAGUCUUCCAUAAACGUAGCACCUGCCUAUCUCUCCCCUUCUCAUCUCACUCCACUACCCCCCCCCCCCUCAAUCCCACCACCACGUGCUGUUUACUCCAGUUAUCCCUUGCAUUCUCCCACCCUACAGUUCACCUCCUCUCAGUGGGCAGUCGCUCCUUCGUCUGCUGCCACCCCUGUGGCCUGGAAUGCUCUUAUCGAUGUGAUAAGCAACCUACAAAAAGGUUGGCGCAGUCUUGGCUUAUUAAAGGAAGAUGCAACCCAAAACACUUAUAUUGUAGGUACAUACGUACUUGGAUUGCUGGCUCGCGUGACUGUCCCGACCAAGCCAAAGGGACGGCACUCGCGUGCGAAAAAUGCCGGAAACGCUUUGGCCGGUGCCUCGAAGCGACGGCGGAGGAGGCGAAGCUCACCGGCCAGACGCCGCCAGCCUGCACGGAGUGCGGGGAGACGCCGGAAGGCACCGCGUGGUGCGCUUUUCAAGACUCCACGUCGUUUGAUCAGUCGGGAGUGCAUAAGGAACAGAAGAAAGCAAUCGGUGGCUCCUCACACCGGGGAAUUCCUAAAACAUCCAUAAAUUUGGCCACCAAAUUAGAAAUUCUGAAGAAACUCGAAGAAGGGGUGAGCGUGCCAUCGAUCGUGGCCGAAUAUAACGUUGGGAGAUCGACGGUGUACGACGUGAAAUACGCCAAGCAUAAACUGCUCAAAUUUCAACUCGAGACAUCGGAGGAGGUAACAGAAAAGAGGACAAGAAUGGAUCAUUCCAUUAAGUACAGAGACAUUGAGGAGGCCACCAUGGAGUGGUACAAGCAGCAGCGUGCCGCGGGUUUUCCGAUCCGCAGCUUCGACAUCCAGGGUGCCGCCAAGCGGUUUGCGAGCGUUUUCAACAUCGAAGACUUCAGCGCGUCCACGGGAUGGCUAUACCGCUUCAGGAGACGCCAUGGCGUGGAGCGCAUGAAGGUGUCCGGUGAAAGCCUCGGCACGCAUGUGAAGCCGGUGGGGCCGUUCGGCAGGAGCCUGAAGGACACCAUCCCCGGGGAGAACCUGUCGGACUUCCAGGUGUGCAGUGGUGACGGAACCGGCUUCUGUCAGCGCGGGCUUCCUUCCGCAACGCAGGCCGGCAGACAUGAAGCGCAACUACCCGGCAGGAAUAUUCCCAAGGGGCGCUUGGGCGUUUUAUUCUGCGCCAACGCGGACGGUUCCCACCGCGUCCCUGUCGCUGUGGUGGGGAAGUCAAAACGGCCCCGAGUCUUGAGAGAAUGCGUGGAUUCCCUUUCCGUCACCUACUAUGCCUCGGCCUCGGCUUGGUUGACAGCUGCUGCUUUUGAACGCUGGUUCCAUCGAGAUUUUGUGCCGGCCGUCGUCAAGUUCCAGCAGGCAAACGGCGCCUGCAGCGGUGACGUCCGGGCGUUGCUCCUCCUUGACAACACUUCCGCCCGUCUUGUGGAGGAGCCUCCAAGCAGUCGCUGCGGUCGUGUCAAGGUUGUUAUUCUCCCGCGGAACACGGCCCGCCGAUUCCAGCCCGUGGAUCAAGCGACCACCGAGGCCACUAAACGACAAUGCAAAAGGAAAGGCAUCGAGUCGUUCCCAGCGAUUGAAGAGCAUGAAGGAGGAGACACUCGAGCAGAGAGAACAUUGGCUAAUUUUGAGGAGUUCGAAAUCAAGGGUGCAGUUGGCAAUCCAGCCAACGGCUGCAAUGAACUUCCAUGUUCAAAUUUAGCCAAGGCCUGGAAAAAACGUUUGACUGAGGACAUGACGAAAGAAGACAUCAGGCUUUCCUACCCUAACCUUGAGGCUGACGGCUUCGCGGGUGUUUUGAAUCAUGGGGCGGAAGGGGUAAUUGCUCCGGAGGAUGCGCAGGAGUGGCUCCAUGUGGGUGGCGAUGAUCACGGCGGCCAGCAUCAUGCCGACGAGAAGAGCGCCGACCAAAACGCCAACCCAGUGCCCCAGGAAGAGGAGAAGGAAGAGACGGGAGAGGUGGGAGAUGUUGAGCACAGGGUCCUGCUUUUGGAUGUAAGGAAGGCUUUUGAUGUGAUCUGCAGUUGGAUGGGGACGUCUGAAGGUGGCGAAAUUAUUGACCGCGAUAUCUUUGCUCGUGUAAAGCAACUCAGGCGCCGGGUGAUUAAAAUGCAACGUUCGAAAAACACCCAGUGCAAGGUCGAUGACUUACUGAAGCGAGACAGUAAACCCAGUGAGCCUUCCACAACCACCCAAUCCCGGCCCUCAACCUCGACGUCAUAGCCUUCCACACACGAAGAGGGUUGCAACGAAUGGAUUUCCGAAGUGCCGAGAUCCUCGCAAGGGGAACCCCUUCCUCCAUCUGGGACGAUCCCGGGCAAUACGAGUCACCCCAGGCGUUGGCGUCCAUCUUGGACUCCUUCAUGUUGGCCUUGAGGGACGUCCUUGAAAGAGUCUUUUUCUGCCAUCCUCUUGAGCGUAUGCCAUGACUGAGCUGGGGAGAAUAAGACUUGCGUCGAGAGUACGACAAAUAAGUGCCGUAAGCUGCACACCAUGCCUGCGUCCCCGGGAGAAUCCAGGCCUUGUUUCCCGCAGCGUAGCAGCGUGGGAACUCUGCAGGGCCUUGCUGCUGCUUCUCUCGGACCUAAUUAUCAUUACUUCAUGGUGUGGGGAAUCUCCUCGCAGGGACCUUACAACCAUAACAUUGCAUUUAGCGGCCUUUUGAUCUUACCGCCAUAACAUUGUGGCACUGGGGCUUGCCUGAGACAUUACAACCAUAUCACCAUCUACGAGGGCUCUUGUAGGACAAUAUAAUAAUAACAUAAUAGGGAUUAUCUGGGACCUUACAAUAAAAUCACGUAUGGGGUCAUGCUGCUCUGUGAUGGUUUGGGAGAUCUUUUGCUGGGCCUCACGAUUGGUGCACUGGCGUGGGUUGUGAUUGUGGUGAUUGGGUGGGUUGUGGUGGUUGGGUGGGUUGUGGUUGGUGGUGGUGGUGGGUAGUGAUGGUUGUUGUGUUGAGAUGCGACCUAGACUGACAGUCGUUGGCUCAUCGGAUCACCUUGAGACUGCUGGUGCUGGGAUUCAUUGAAGGAGGCAUUGUCUGCCAGUAUAUUUUAUUAAUAUCUUCCACAUCGAGAUGUGUUAUAUGAUGUCACAUCUAACUAGGUCCCAUGUCUUUGAGGGACCUUGCCUUCAACAUUUGGCAGAUUCAGCAUUUAUACAAUUAGGCCUGCCUGCUGACGAGUGACUAAACAUCGAUCCUGUUUGCUCAAUCAAUGCUGCUGAAAAUGAUUCACUCCCAGAAGGCCGUGGGCCCAAUGGGUUGUGUAAAUAUAUAUAUUUUUUAUAUGGAAAUACGAAUAUAUAAAGGUGUAUUGUCGACUCUCUAUUUUGUUAGCUUGCUUGCAUCGAUGCUGUUGAACUGCCCGAUAUUGUAGGCAAGGCGAUUUUGUUAAAUAUGGGCCCUGAUUACAUACGGCGCUACAAAUCCGUUGGAGCAGAUCGCACGAUUCUAGAUUUAAAGCUUUCGUGACUGCUAGGAUCCAUACUCUUUGGUUCUAUUGGGUAAAGUCACGUAGGUGAAAAUAAAAUAACAA